AUGAGAAGAAGUCAGACACAAGCACCGUUAGAUUCUAAUACUUCUAGUACUUCAACUGGAAGCAGGAGAAGAUCGUAUACAUCAUUCAUAGAUUUACCAAAACCAGUAAGUUGUUUAGAUUGGAUAACAGAAGAAGAAGAAGAAGAAAAACUAAAACGGCAACAACAUGAGAAAGAACCAAGUGUGGAUUUAGACCUUACAUUACUAGACCCAACAUCCAAACUCGAGGAUAUUGAAAGCCGGGAACACCUUCCAAAUCCAGAUAGUAUUGGAAUCUCAUCCAUUUUGGAGGGAGCAAACAGCUAUAAUGAUACUUUCAUUUCGAACGAGUUGACAACAAAUUCCAAUUAUACAUCCCCCGAUUCUACUUCUUCCAUUGGUGGCUUUCAAAACAUGCCGAAUAGUCAGUCCUCGGAAAAGGCUCCAAAGAAAGAUGAGGAGGAGGAUGGAAUUACUAAUUUUAUUGAUAAAGAAAACCUCCCAAUUCCGUCUCUUCCAACUAGUAAUAGAAAUAAUAAAACAUAUCCGGUUCAUAAACCGCUGAAGGACUUGAUUCUACAAACGAAUAAACUUAUAUACGACGUUGAUUCAACAAAGAUCACCUUCAAGGUGGGCCUUUCAAAGAAACAAGGUAGAAAUUUACCGAGUUUACAUAAACGCUAA